AUGGAUAAUGAUAUCAUUAUGGUGGACAACAGUCAAAAUACAUCAUUCUAUGCAGACUCGUAUACAAACGCCGAAUGCUCGCCAUCAGUUUCACCUCGAAACAGCCCGUCAACUCUUUCUCCUUCGCUUUCGAAUCACUCAGGUGAAUACACAUGCAGGAAGAUCGAGAUGCUAAUGAGACAAUGUAACGAUCGAUAUAUCGUCGUUGAUAAUAAGAAAUCACAUUCGUCUAAAUGUUGGGAACUGUUUGGUUUUCCUGCACUUGUCGAAUCAAAGGAUGAACCACCGCAAAUCAUUGAAAAAUUUGUUACAUGUCGAAAAUGCUUUACGACUUAUUCUUUCAAUUCCAACAGCACUCGUUUAUUGAACAAUCACAUUUGUCAAAAAUCCCAUCGUAUUCGUUCUUCGUCUGCUUCCUUACCAUUUGGAUCAUCGUCGAAUUACCACCAAACGAGUCUUACAUCCUAUGGAAGCGCCAACUUGAUCAAAUUUAACGAUGCACAAGUAAAACGAAUGAAAGAUCUCCAAGCCCAAUGGAUCUGCAAAGACAUACGAUCAUUUACAAUUAUUGAAGAUGACGGUUUUCGUCAAAUAGCACAGGAAUUAGUUUCAUUAGGAGCCAAACAUGGAAAUUUUAAUGUAACAGGAGUUUUGCGAAGCGCAAAAGUUAUUGGUUCGCAUAUUCAUGAUGUUUCUCGCUCAUACAGAGAAAUUCUUCGAGAAAAAUUAGCCGAACCUCUUGCAAAUCAAGCAUUAGUCGUGUGUCCAGAUUUAUGGACAGAUGCCAUUCGUCAAAUUUCAUACAUGGGUAUAUCGGCAUCGUUCAUCACUUCGGAUUUGGACCUUCAUUCGAUUGAUCUAUGUUGUUCACCAUUUCGAGAACCAAAUAAAGCUGCUGAAUCAAUCCUUAUCGCUUUACGUCAUGCUCUUACCCCAUUCGGUCUCGAUAAUCUUCAACUAUUAACGUUUGUCAGUGACCGCGGAUCUAAUUUCGUGAAAGCACUGAAACCGUUUCGAUAUUUCUUUUGCUUUGCACACCGCCUCAACAAUAUAUUAAAGCGGGCUUUUUUUCACAACAUAUUGAAGAAGAAGAAGAAGACGACAACAACGAGUUCAAAUAGUUCGAACGAAACCAAUGCGAUUAUCCUGGAAGAAGAGAGCGACAAUGAAAGCGGCAACACCGACGACGAAGACGAACCAUGCUAUUCUUCUGCAACAAUCAAUGAAAUGUCCGAAAGUGCACUAGCCGUUUUGAAAACAAUUAGUGAAUGUAAAAGACUAUCUGGUUUGAAUCAGAAGUUGAAGGAUCUCGGUGGCCAUGCUCUCAAGCAGUCAACAGACGUUCGUUGGUUAUCGCUCAUUGAACUUCUCGAGUCUGUCGAAAAAUCAUCGAGUGUCAUUGGAAAGAUAUUACCUGGAAAGAAAAGAUUUAACAUUAACAUUGACAUUGUCCGUUCGCUAAUUCGUCUUCUGCGACCAUUCAAAUUUGUCAUUCAAAUCAUUCAGAAAAGCACUGAACCAUCAUUUCACCAUGUUCUCAUAUCUACACUUACUCUUCGCGCCGCUCUAGAAUCUAUGUCAUCUCUAAUUGCAUAUGAGAAAUCUUAUUAUGACCAUAACGAUGGCGUCGAUACCCAUGAUGAAGAUGAUUACGAAUCUGAUGGUAUGCUAUUUUUUCGUACGCGAAUCAAUUAUCUACUUGAGACAAUGAUUGAUCUCAAGGUAGAGCAUUUUGCCGCUGCAAUGUUACAUCCUCGUUAUAGGCAUUUGAAGAAAUGUUCUAUUGAUGAGAUCAAAAGAUGUAAAAGAUAUAUUUCAAAAGAAAUGUCUUCAAUUGCACAAAUUGUGAAAAACGAACCUUCGACUUCUUUCGCAUCUCCAACGGAUCCAAAAUUACCGCCGAGAAAAAAGCAAAAGCGCUUUGGUCAUCAGUUUGAAUCAGGGAAUGUAUCUGAUGAGUAUGACGAUCGAGAAGAAGAAGAAGAACUUGAUCGCUAUCUUUCAAUUCGUCUUGAUCUCGACAAAAUCGAGGACAAUCCAUUGGUAUUUUGGAAGCAGUAUGGUAAAACGUUUCCAAUUCUCUCGAUUCUUGCUCGUCGUCUUCACUCCAUACCUGCAACAACAGCUUCAGUUGAACGUAGUUUUAGUGGUGGCGGUCAAGUGGUAACAAAACGUCGAGCCAAUCUCUCUCCAUCUCAAGUUGACAAUAUAUUAUUUGUUCGAUCGAUGCUGAACAGUCGUCUUUUCGCCAACACGAAAUAA